GUAGAAGUCCAAGAGAUGAUCGUAGAAGACCUAACACUCGAGAUGAGGACAGGGGAAGGCGAAGAGAUGAUAGAAGGCCUUCUAGCCGAAGGGGUGGAGAAAGGCACUAUGAACGUUGGGAUAUGUCAAAAGGAAGAGGUCGAGAUGAUUAUAGGAACCAAGACCAAUCGGCAAACAACCAGCACAUGGAUUCUCCGGACCAUCUGAGUAACAUGCCAAGCGCCAUCAGCGUUGUCACAAGUAUUGGAAGCGGAUCCGGCAAUAACAGACCACAAAGUAGAGGAGGCUUUCGUGGAAGAGGACGCAAUAGGGGCGCACAGCGUGGUAACAAUAGAAGCAAUCAUGAUCGUCUAUUGCAUCAGAAUCUAAAGCCACGGUGUCGGGACUACGACGAGAAAGGAUUCUGUAUGCGAGGUGAACUCUGCCCUUAUGACCAUGGCAACGACCCUGUCAUUGUGGAUGACCUCAAUUUACCUAACAUGUUGUCUAUUGGCUCACCAUCUAUACCUCCUCCACCAUUGCCAUCACAGCCUCCUCCCCAGCAGCCUCCUCCCCCUCAAAUUCCCCCUCAAAUUCCCCCUCAUCCUCCCCUGGGUCUACCAAGACAACCAUUGGGUUUACCUCCUCCUAGGAUUCCUCCCCCACCAGGACCAAUGCUGAGACCACUCCCUGGUGUGCCUCCAGAUUUGCAUCGAUUUCCUCCACCAAAUCUACCGGUAGGCCCUCCACCGAAUAUGAGGUCAGGACCCGGCAUUCCACCAUUGGCAACACAUCCUGGAAUAAUGCGUCUGCCGCCCCCACAAAUACCACAACCUGCCACGCAAAGAGAACAAUAUGAGCCAGAUGGUUAUAACCCGGAGGAUCCUGGACUUGAUAGUGGACAGAAAAAGCCAGGCUAUGUUGCCCGCUCUCGAGAAUUGAUAGGUGUGCAGACAGUUCCUAUGGCAACGCCUAAAGAAUUGGAGGAACUUGAGAAUCGGUUGGAUACAACACCUUCACCUCCUGUUAAUCACUCAAAUACGAGAACCGUUAUAGAUACACAUUCUUCAGAUACUUCUCAACAAACGCAGUCCACUCGGCAAGUCAUACAAACCAUUCCAGAUAACAGAAAACGAACCUUCAAUGAAUCAGAUCUGGCAAAUAAAAAUAGAUUGGAACAACAGAGUGAGAACCGCACUGUCCAAGAUGUUAAAUCACGAUUGGGUUGGAAGAAGCCACGUUUUACAAACCGUGACAAUUCAUGUCUUGUGAUUAGGAAAGUGCCAAGAAACUUGAACACUAUUUCAAAAUUAAGUCAACAUUUUGAGAAAUUUGGGACAAUAGUUAACCUUCAGGUUGCAUUUGAUGGUGACCCAACGGCAGCUUUGAUUACGUUUGCUACUAGCGCACAAGCUCGAAGUGCCAUUGGAUGUACCGAAGCUGUCCUCAACAACAGGUUUAUCAAAGUCUAUUGGCACAACAAGGAAGAUUCUCAGGAUGGUAAUACAUCAGGUGAUAGUAGUAAAGAAGCAAACAAGUCAUCUGUCAGAGAACGAAUCAUCAUUCCAUCUAAAGAUCAGCUGUCAAUCAACAAGAAGAAACCAGAUAAUACAGAAAAGACAAUUGUCAAAAAAUCAGGCAUAAAUUUAUCAAAGACUCUAUACAAUCCAAAUGCCGUACAAUCCAGUCAGAAUCAGGCUGCACUUAAGUUAGCACAAGCUAAGCAGGAACUUGCAUCAGCAAAAGAAGCUGUUAGGUUAAGGAAACAAAAGGAAGCCAUGGAGAAGAGGAACAGCAUUGCCAGACAAAAGCAACAACUUCUCACAAAACAGAUUCAAGAACAAAAGUUGUUGAUUCAGAAACUGGAAAAGGGGAAAGGUCUAAGUACUGAAGUGAAGUCAAGCAUUUUGGAAUCAAUGAAAGCACUUAAUAAACAAAUCGACAAAACCAAAUCUGAAAUUGUAUCAAAACCAAAGACUGCAUCAUCGACUCAGAAAGAGUUGUUAGACACAGAGCUGGAGCUUUACAACCAACAAGCAGAAGGCGGAGACACAAGUCAACUCAAGAAGAGAGUAGCUCAGUUAAAAUUAGAGGCCCGAUCUUUAGGAUUACUAUCAUCUGGCAGAGGGCGUGGUAGUAUUAUGAAAGGCAGGGGUCGUGGGCGUGGUUCGUACAAAAGAGGUCGCGGCAACCAUCAUAAGACAAAUACUAUACUUGAUAAAAGGCCAAGGGAAUUGAUAGUUAGUGGCUUUCUGGAAUCUGAUAAAGACGAAGUUAUCACCCAUUUUGCUGCUUAUGGAGAACUAGAAAAAAUUGAAUAUAAUAAUGCAAACAACAGUCUUAUCAUAGGAUACCAAACAAGAAUGGAGGCAGAAUUAGCUGCCAGCAAAGGUCAACAGUUCAAAGACACAAUACUGAAGAUGGCAUGGCACAAACCAGCUCCUGAGGUUGUGAUAAUGAAUGAAGACGACAACGACAACAGUCUAGCAAACACCCGUCAACCCGACGAUGAGGAUAAUGAAGUGCUGAAUGAUGACCUGUUGAUAGGAGAUGACGAAGAAGAUGAGGAAGAUGAUGAAGAAAGUCGUGGAUGGAGGAGAUGAAAAAGAAGACGACAAAGAUGAUGAAGAAUGUGGAUGGAGUUAGUGAACAUGAGCAUGUAUGCGACAUGAGCAUGUAUGCUAAAUGCUUUAAAGAAGCAUAGGACAAUAUACAACACAUGUUAAAUGUUUUAAAGAUGCAUUGGAUGAUGUCAUUUAAGCCCUGUCCAGACUAACACAUUUUAAUUUACAAAAACAUGUGACAUGCCUAAAUAUGGUCAUGAUGACAUCACAUCAUGACCAUAUAUAGGCACAUUACGACUAUACAUGGGCAUACAACAGUUUUUUGUCAAAGAAAAUUUGAUAGUGUGGACGAGCUUUAGAAAUGUAAACUUUAAUGAAAUGUGUUAAACCUCUGUCCAGACUAUCAAAUGUUAUGUCACAAGCUUGUGUGUAUUGGCAAGAUGAUGUCAUAUUUCACCCAACUAUGGGUAUGUCGGGGGUGGUGCCAGAAAUUCCCAGGUGAAGGGUCCAGUUCCCGACAAGGGCCACACACAUCCCCCUGGGGAAAUAUUGUUGAUUAUGGUAUGCUUUAUUUAAAAAAGGUAACUUGAUAGAAAACCAUGCAAGUUAAGAUGCUGCCUUUCGAGGGUAAUAACCACAAGUCGGAGGUACCAUCCCCCUGUUGGGGAAGAUCUGGCGCUACCACCGCAACCCAUACGAUCGCGAUAGCGUACAACACCUCGCACAUACUGUAGUACUGCUCGCACUUAACAGUUUUUAAUCCCUAAAAUUUGACAGAUUAGUCAAGCAUACCUAAAUUGUACUUUCGGCGGUCAAGAUUUCAUUUUUCCCUGACGACCUUGCUGGAAAUUCCUCGACAGGGGGUCCAAGCGGGGGUUUAGAGGUCCCCUGUACCCCCGCUAGCACAUGUCAAUGUUAUUUGUGACAUAUUUGGUAGUGUGUGGACAGAGCCUAUUGGUGCUAUACAGCCUGCACUUUUAGUGAAUUAAUUUUCUUUUUAUUUAAUAAAAAUGAACUUUAAAAAUCUAAUGAGGUUGGUUCAGACAUGAUGGAAUAAUUUUUUGAGACCAGGUGCCUUAUUUGACCACUAAAAUCUGCCUAACCGUAAGGGUUAUCCACUUAGAAUGUUUUUAAUUAAAAAGAACAAGAAGGCACUUGAUACUAAAUAUAU